AUGGGCGUGCCUAUUAUUUGGGGUGGGUUGGGAUAUGGUGUGGUUGUGUGUCCUACGAUAAUAAUUAUUAUCCAUAAGGAAUCAGACGCGAGCGUGCGCUCCAAACCGGCCCGACCCUCCACCCGGCGCAAACAUGGAGAGCAGUGGCAGAAGGACCCCUGCGUGACGUGUGUGUGUGACAGAGGACAGUCGAGAUGCCACAGCCACACCUGCCCCCGUCUCAAUUGUCAGAAGGGUCAGAGCGCGGUGCGGCGCCCAGGACUCUGCUGCGAGGAGUGUGUCUGGCCCAAAGGCAGCUGUCUCUACGAGGGACUGGUGCGUUACCAUGGCGACAUGUGGAACGGUUCCAUGCCUGGCCCUUCAGCAUCCGGCUCUGGGUGUGAGUUCUGCUCCUGUAGCAGAGGACAGGUGCUGUGCCAACGAGCAGACUGCCAACAGGUCCACUGUCCACAGGGCUCUGAUUUGGUGAUUGAGGAGGGGAAGUGCUGUCCUGUGUGUUCCUCUGAGAAACCUUUCUGUGUGCACCAUGGCAAAACCUACAAGGCCCUGUCUCGCUGGUCCGAGGACAGCUGUCGUGAGUGUGAGUGUCGUGCAGGUCAUGUGACCUGUUACGUGCGCUCCUGUCCCACGUGCACGCCCGGCCUCCUGUCUGUGACAGUGGAGGGACAGUGCUGCCCGCAGUGUCAGCAAGUGCGGUGCAACUCGGACUGCUCUUCCUGCUCUGGACGUCCCGAUAACUGUGAGAGCUGUUCUGACCCCAGUGCAGUGCUGCACCUGGGUCGCUGCCUGCCCCACUGCCCCCCUGCUUUCUACCAGGACAAACACCAGUGUAAAGCUUGUGCGCCGUCCUGCCUGUCCUGCUCUGGUCCUUCUCAGUGUGACUCGUGUGGACCACAGGGAGCGCUGCUGAGCCCAGACGGAGCACAGUGUGUGUCUGUGUGUCCAUCAGGCUCCUUCCAACUCGACCACACACACUGCAGAGAGUGCCACAGCUCCUGCUCCGAGUGUGUGGGUCCCUCUGAGACAGAGUGUGUGUCCUGCGUUCACCUGUCGUCACUGCUCAAACACGGACAGUGUGUCUCCGACUGUGGACCUGGGUACUACAGCCAGGACUCCAACUGCUACGCCUGUGACUCGUCUUGUGAGUCCUGCUUUCCCGAUAAACCUCUCUGCAGCAGCUGCCCCCCGGGAACUGCACUGCAUUAUGGGAAAUGUAUUUCUGAGUGUCCACCCCAGCACUUCAAGGACAGCCACAACAGAUGCAGAGGCUGCCACAACUCGUGCCGGUCCUGUUGGGGCCCCUCGGUGUCUCAGUGCUCAGACUGUCCCAGCGGACUGUUCCUGCAUCAGGGACAGUGUGUGGACACGUGCGGAGAGGGGAUGUACCCACAAGAGCAAGCCUGCCUCAACUGCCACCCGUCCUGCCGCUACUGUGUGGGACCGUUGGCGUCAGACUGCGUGAUGUGUCUCAAACCUGAACAAGUCCUCGUCCCACAGUAUUCCAGCUCCCAACAUGGAGUCUGCGCCCCCAAGUGUCCCAAGUACAGCUACACGGACCCCCAGCGAGUCUGCAGAGAUUGUGACUCGUCCUGUCUGCAGUGCACUGGUCCUUCCCCAGACUCGUGCAUCUCGUGCCCCUCCCUCAGCUCUCUGCUCCGGGGCCGAUGUGUGCCCCAGUGCCCAGAGGGGAGCUACAGCAACGACGGACUCUGCAUAGACUGUAACCCAUCCUGUCGCUCGUGCUCGGGUUCAUCUCAGGCUGACUGCACUUCCUGUGGCUCUGGAGCCUCUCUGACCAACGGCUUCUGUAGGAGCAGCUGUGGAGAGGGACACUACUACAACCCCACCACCAGCACCUGCACCAAAUGCAGUGCGGACUGUCAGCGCUGUACGGCAGACCUCCGGGCAGCAGGGGGCAGUGUGUGUUUGUGGUGUAAGGAGCCAAGGGCUGUGUUAUUGGGAGGCCGCUGUGUGUUGGAGUGUCCGGUGGGCUACUUUGGCCGACACGGCAGCUGUGUCGGUCAAUGCGCUCCUUCCUGUCCACAGGGGUUCUACCAGGACGCACAGAGGAAUUGUCUGGAUUGUGACCCCCAGUGCCUUUCGUGCUCCAUCCCAGGAGCCUGCACAGCCUGUCAGGACCCAAACAAAGUUCUGCAGUUUGGAGAGUGUCAGUAUGAGACCUGUGCGCACCAGUACUACAUCAAUACUACCACCCGGACAUGUAGAGAGUGCGACUGGAGCUGUAACUCGUGCCGAGGGCCCCUCAAGUCUGACUGUGUGCAGUGUAUGGAGGGCCAUGUACUCCAGGACGGACUCUGCUUCCAGCACUGCUCCAGGGGCCACUACAGAGAGGGGGACCACUGCCAGGCGUGUGACCCAGACUGUGAGCAGUGCUUGGGGCCGAAUCAGUGCCAGCUCUGUGCCUCUCCGCUGUUGGUCUUCAGGGGCCUAUGUGUGGAGCAGUGUGGACCCCUACACUACCCGGACCCCGACACACAAGUCUGCAAAGCCUGUUCCUCUGACUGUGUGAUGUGUGAUGGCCUGGGCCAGUGUCGAGCCUGUGCAGAGGGAAGCUUCCUCCUCCAGGGAUACUGCACUCCAGACUGUGGGCCUGGCUUCUACAGCGACGCCAACUCUAGGACCUGCCAGGUGAAUGUGCAUCCCCCGAGGCUGCGUGUGAACGGCUCUGUGCUGGUUCCUCUGGACGCCUCUGUGCCUCUGUCAUCGUCUCUGCUGAGGAUAUCGGACGAGGACAGCGCCCCCCGUCUGCUGCUCUUUGAACUGCACACUGCCCCCUCCAAUGGACAUCUGUAUUUGCGGAAAGGAGCCAAGGAGACAGAGUUGAAGCCCGGAUACCGCUUCAGUCCAGAGCAGCUCCGUGCAGGACAAGUGGUGUUCACAUAUCAGCAGGACAAGUCCAGGAGUGGAGAGUUUGUUCUUCGAGCCACAGACUCACAGCUUUUUUCUGAGCCAAAGAAAAUUCAAGUCCUGGCCAUCUCCACACAGCUUCCCUCCAAAGAGUAA